CACUAUUUUAAAAAGGUUCAGCAACAUAGUCGUAGAGAAAACUCGGUGGUGUAAACCAGUGGGUAACGUCUCCUUUGUUAGGUACCUGUUCUAUAGUUUUCUUUUUACAAGCUGAAAUUAUUCGAGGAUCGAGUCCUAGUCAUUGAGUGUACUGGAUUUUAUAAAUUUACAAUGUGAAAUCGACACAUGACGUAGAAUGAACUCAUACUGGUCAAUUAUUUUGUCAACUGUCAGUGAGUAUUAAAAAAUGUCAUCAGUGGGACAACUAGUUCCUCAGGUGACGCGAAGCCCCCCGAACAUGUCUGUCAUUAAAUUCAACGGACCCCACGUAGAGGGGUCCUUCUGCACGACAAUCGAUUACAACUAUGACCCUGUCAUCAGCGUGCUUUGCGCUAUGUACAUUGCCUUUGGGAUUGUGUACACGCUGUUCGGCUACCGUUGCUUCAAAGCAAGCAUGUUUCUGACUGGCUUUACAUUCGGCUCGGCUAUCGUCUACCUUAUCUGCCUCCAGGAGUAUCUGAUGCCUCCAUAUGGGAACGUUGGUGUGGCUCUGUGCGCUGGGCUCCUGUUCGGGCUCAUCACUAUGCUGAUCCAAUACGUGGGCCUAUUCAUGACCGGCUUCCACACGGGUGUGCUGCUCGCUAUCGCCGGGCUAGCCAUCUACGACCAUUUCCUGGAUUCCCGCCCGACUACAUACUGGCUCUGUGUAGUGGUUUUGCUCUGUUCAGGCAUAUUCUUCGCUGUCAUCAACCUGUAUUGGAAGAAAGUGCUUACAAUCUUCGGCACGAGCGUGUAUGGGGGCGCUGUAAUCGCGACCUCCCUCGACUACUUCUUUGAGCGAAUGAUGAUGCUUAAGUGGUUGUGGGAGCGUGCGAAAUUGGAGCCAGCUGUAGCCCCUCCCUGCCGCCUCUCCUGGCUGACCUUAGCCGCCUGGCCUGCCGCCGCCAUCGUCGGCCUGACUGCACAAUGCGCCCUCACUGCUACCGGAAUCUACCACGAACAAAGCAUAAGUGCCCAGAAACGCCACCUGAAGGCCCAACAGGCUCGCCCCGUGACCCGCGAACAACGUGCCGAGAUGAAACAACGCAAGUACCGAUACCUGUACCAGGUCCGCACCGCUCACGGCGAUGUUAUCUCGCAGUCGUACGUUCAGGCUUUGCAGAAGAAGGCUCAAUGUGGUAACUGGAGUGGCAGCGGUGGUGGGGAGUGCAGCACCCUGCAGAGUGACUCCACCCACUUGACGGUCCUCGCCGGCUCCGAGCACGCGCCCCCCACCGACUCUGAUGACGACCUGAACCAGAUCAGGGCUGCGCACUAAAUAUGAUUGUAAGGAGAACAAGGCAGGUAUAGCACAUCGCAGUUUGUUUAUGAAUAUUCUAUGUACCCAGUAUUAUUGUAAGGAGAAUCCACUCAUAUUAAUUACUAUUAUUACACAGUAGUGUCGUAUCAUUACUAGUAAUCUUAUAUUAAUUGUAUUUAAUGUGAAUUUAUUGUUGUAUUACGAUUACUAUUGAUUGAAUAUGUCGCGAAUGUUUCGAUGACGGAGUUCAAGGCCUAUAUUUAUUUAUUGCCAAAUAUAAGUUAGUUUUAAGUAUAAUUUAAAUAAACAAUUUUGAUGAAUUUAUCAUUAAAAACAAUACCGUCUCUUUCGAUCGGAUUUUAUACUAAAAUAAUGAAUGCUGAACAUUCCAAAGUUAGAUGAAUACAUAAGUUAGUCCUAAGAGAAAGUAGACAUUAUUUUGACGACAACUGAGAGAUUGUUAUAUACUCCAUGUACCCGUAAACACUGCCAUCUGUACAAUUCUGUCCUAAUACUAAUGUUAUGGUCUUGGACUCCAGCGAUGUGGUUGUAUUAAUUUAAUAUAUUUAUUUAAUGUUUUUGAACAAGAACUGAUAACGACGGCUUCGUGAGUUGCUAGCAAAUACCUAACUCGGUUGGCGCACGAAUGCCAGUACAAUGAUUGGUAAUCUCCCGUUGAAUAGUUGUACCUAAACACUAUUUGCGGACCGUGUGCUUCUAAGAUGAGGUAUUUAGGUCUAUAAAACGAACUCUCACAUAUUUGUAUUGAGUAAUUGGUCUUAUAUCUGUGUCGAAUUGUAAUGACGAUGUCUAGAUAUCACUGGUUUAUUGAACAUUCCAUAAUUAAGUAAAUAUUAGUCCUUGUGAUGGUUAAGAUGCAGUGACCUUUGAACAAACAUCACAAUAGAAACAGGAACAUCACAAACGUAGUUGUAGGUGUAGAGGAGCCGUCGCCACGUCGUAACAUCCCUGUGAUAAACCAGUCGUAAAGUCUCAUAUGAUUAUAUUAUAGUUUCUUGCCAAAUUCUUUGUCUCCUCGGGAGAUUCAGAAAAUUGCUUCAACUGUCCAAUUGUCAAAAUUAUUUACAUGCAUUUCUACGUGAGUAUCUAUCUAGAGCACAAUGCGAUUUGUAUGUGAUGAACGGGUAUACUCUUGUGAAGAGUCUAGACUAAGUUAGAUUACUGAAUAUAACUACUAAAAGUGUAUAAGUAGAGAUCGAAUUUCUUAUAAAAAUAUCUUUGUACUAUUAGUUUUGCUCAUGUUUAUGGCUUGAGACGCCAAUGCAAAGCAUACAUUUUUGUAACGUAAUAAUACGGAACAAAGUGAUUUUUAUUUAGACCUACAUACUCGAUCGUUUGGGCGCACAGCAGUAAAUAGUAACAAAUAUAAUGUGUGAUAGAUAAAAUACAAUAUCGUUACGGGAUCAACACUUUGCUCAAAGCAAAGCACAAAUGAAUAGAUCUGCUGGCCCGCUCAAAUGGUCUGUUGUCGAAAUCGUACAUUCUACGCACAGUGUGAUAAUUUAAUAUUUUGGCCAAAGUUUAUUUUAGUUGUUACAUGGCUUAAAGCGUAAGUUUAUUUUUAUCCUGUAUGUUAUUUUGUUAUUAUUAUGUAUAUGAUUAUGAGCAUAUUGUAUGUUAAAACAGGUAUUUUAAAAGUAAUUGUCGAGAUUUAAACUUGUAUCGAUUAUUGUCAUUGUACUGAUGCAUGGGGAAUGUGUAAGUUUUGUAAUUUGUGUGGUCAGGUUGAAUGACCUGGCGCGUGUGUAGGUGUGACACUUUGAGGUUUGGGAACUUUGGACAAGAUUUCUGCUGCCUGAAGUAAUUUGUGACCAUAGCAAUGAGCACUCACGGAUGACUAGGAAUGGAAGUUAUGUUUUGUUGUUUUUAAAUUAGUUUGUGUAAGCUUUAUUAGCGAAUCAGGCAGCUAUUGGUGUUCUGUCUCAUGUAUGUGGUGUUGUAGGUGUUAGACUAGUAUUUCUUGAAGUAUACAUGUUCCCGACCUUGAGGUAGUGUCUGUUUGAAAGGGAUAGAUGUGUAAACCGUAGGCAUUAACGUAGGACUUGUAUUUAAGCUUAGGACUUUUGUGGCGCGUUUGAGAGAUGACUAUUACUCUGUCCCGUUCUGUCUCUAAACAUAGUCCACUUGAACGCUCAAUUUCUAGUCUUUAUAACAUAUUAUAUUCCAAAAUUACGAAAUUCCUUUAUUCGUCAACCGUUGCAUGUUUUUUCGAGAUUUUUGUUUCGUCUUAUGUUCGUUUAGGUUGUAACUUUGAUUUUGUUUGCAUAAUUUAUCGACUAUUUAGUAUUAAUAUCAGAAGACUCCUAAUUUAUUCCACUAUUAUAUCGAUGCAAAUCAUUUAUUUCUGUUAUGUUUUUUUUUCUUUAAUAUAAUUUUGUAAUCGACAUUCAAUAUUUUA